AUGUUUCAAAGCCGCAGACGAGUGCCAUCAGAAGGAGCGCUCCGGGUGCUGCGCCAGCUCGCAUACAUCUCAUCGGGUACGGCAUGCGGUGCCGCCGCCAUCGUAGCAGAGGAGCGCCGCCGCCAGACAAACCUGGUGUCCAAGAUUGCCGAGAACUCGCGCCGACUGAAACAACAUCCACGCCAUCAACAUACCCACGCCGCUCAGCGCAGGAGAGCCGACCACGCUGCCCGUCCGAUCGCCACCUCGACCUCUGCUGGGGACCCAUUGCCAGACGACAAGCUGCUCUCACUGCCAGACGACAAGCCGCUCCCACAGGCAGAGACCUUUCGUAACGAUCUCUUACCGUCCGAGGUCGAGCGAGGUUACGCCAAACUCAACUCACACCAGCCACCUCACGAGGGAAAGAGCCAGCCUACCCACAACCCUCAGCCUAUACAACAACCCACCAAGCCAAAGGAUCGCCGCCGUGACUUUGACGUGUCCUUCUUCACGACUGAUCUAAAAGCCCAUGGCCCGACCAGCGCAGUGGCCAGCUUCAACGACCGCUGCAACGAGCUUAUUGACCAAGGCCAAAACACAAAGGCAUUCGGCCUUCUCAGAGCAGCCAACCAUCAUUUGCGUGUCGAAGGUAUACCCUCGGCUGCACUACAUCCUUUCGCUACUCGUCUAUUUGAUUCAAACCUAGCCGCGCAGAACUAUCGCCUUUGUUCUAAGCUGUUGUACCACAUGGACCAACAAGGGUGGCCCAUCACGCACUGCGUACACAGCCUUGCACUUGCCUGUAUCGAGCCUAUACGGCCCACAACUCUAAUCCUCUUGAAGGAAAAAUAUGGUGACCGAAUUCCUCUUCCUCACAGCACCUAUCCUGCUUUGUGUGCAGCAUACUCGACAUACAGCCCCGAACUCUGCGCCAUGUUGUUCGCCAAACAUCUACGACAGGAAAACCGCCUGUCAGUGCUUCCUCUAUGUGAAUCUGCUUGGCCUGCCAUCAUUGACCACAUGUGGUCCGUUACUCACAACUACAACCUUGUCGACUCGCUCUUCAUCCGCAUGUGCGAGUUGACGGAUCACCCGCCUCUGGCUCUUUACAAUGCAAUGAUUCAUGUUUGCAUCAAGCACGGCAGAAUCGAUCGAGCUCACCACCAUCUCCGUACCAUUCAGCAGAGCAAACACCUCCAGCCCGAUGUUGUUACUUUUGGCCAUUUUGUCUUCAAGGCCGCUUCGGAUGCCGAUUGGCCGCCUGUGGAGGACUUGAUGGCCAUGCUGGUCCGAGCUGGAGAAACCGAGGCGCCUCCAGAGAAACGUACUGAUCUGUUUGUCCCUGUCCUCAAAGCAUAUGCCAAGCGUCAUCAUCCCGAAGAAGUAUGGGGUUUUGCCUUCAAAGCUAUUGACGAAUACGGCGUUCUUCCGGAUCCACGUAUCUUGAGCACUGGUCUCGGAAAUCUCAUCAGGAUUGGCCGCUUGGGAAUGAUACCCCCAUGGGUUAACAAAAUGAGAACCUACGGCCAGGGCGCAGAGAUUGCUCCAGGAAUAGCAUUAGCCAUGAUGCGGCAAUUUUAUUUCGACACUAGACCUUCUUAUACCAUUAUGGUAUGGCUCUGCCGUCGUUUGAUGAACAACGUGCCUGAGUACUGGUCUUCUGGUGUUCUAAACCUGCUGCGUGAGGCUGUGGCGUAUGACCUUCGAGGCUACCGAGCCGGGCAAGCCCACAGGAUACCGCAUGCAAUGCAUAUGCUCAGGAUGCUGCAAGAAGUCAGACUGGAAUCACCGAGCUUGCCAAAGCCACUCUACUGGAAUCAGCUACAGCAGCUCGCGGACCAAGAUCAAGCGCGUGUACCGUCCUCAGACUCGAACUUACAGGAUGCCGUCAAGAAGGAAGUGCAGACGAAGGAUGAGCCAGAAGAUCUCCAAGAUACUGUGCUGUCAGAUGAUGAAUCAUCGAUGGAUGACCUUUUAGACACUGCACUCUCUGCAGCCAAGUUCAAGAAGUCGUCAAACGAGCACGAGAUGCUCAUGGCCCUGUCGGAAGGACGUUACACUGAUGUUCUGAACCUGUACGAGAGCAGCUUGGGGCAAAGCGGCCUGCCUGCCUCGUCAUACUCCCUGGAGAUGGCAAUGCAGGCUCGUACAAAGUUGCCAGAUGAUGCUGGAGCGCUUGAUGAUGGAGCGCUUGGUGACUAUAUAGACAUGGCAAGCGAAGCUGGUAUGGACACCAUAACGGCACUACUGCCGCUGCUGAACCAUCAAGUACAGAAUUCUGCAAUAGGCUCGCGGAUGCAUGUUGAUGAGCUGUGCGACACCGUGCGGUCUUUCUAUGAGAACAUGGUCAAGAACAGUGUCACCGUCAGACAUCAUCUGGCCACAUCAGCAGCAACAGUUCUGCUCCAGAAUGGCAAGCCAAACGAUGCGAUACGGCUGCUUUCGCAGAUAUACCUCUCACCAUGGGCCGAGAAGGUACCAUUGGAUCUACCAGCCAUGACUGUGUUGCUACAAGCAUACAUACACGUACGUCACAGCUUGGGUAUCGAGUGGGUUAUCAAAGAAGUCUUGGAAAAAGACUACCGCAUCGACUACCCCUUCAUGACCGUGAUCCGAAAGGCCAAAAUAUCGGCCAAAUCACGGGCAUCAGUUGGAGGCGAAAAGGGCAUGAACAAUCUCAGACUGUCAAGAAUGCUAGAGUACUACGCAAACGUCUGUAGAGCAAAGCAAAUGGCGCAGAUCAAGGGAGCAUCCCGUCUGGGAAACCGCCUAGUCAAUGCCAUGAUUAAGCUUGCUAGGCCCGCAUCGACAGACGCACCCUGGCAGCAACAAGCAAAACGUCACGGCAUUGAUCCCAUGAUGUGGUCGGGACGUGGGUCCAUGUGGCGCGUUUACUACAUUGGAGGAUUCCGACGACGACGACGAGGACGGAGGCGACCCAACUUUGCCAAGUACUAA